AUGCCGGAGAGGACCGAGGUCGCGACGGCCCGCCUUGCCAUUCAUCUCGCGGCACCUCCAAACUGGUCCUUCGUUGGCGGAGACACCAUCAUCGGCACGGUGGUGCGGCAGAGCCAUCUUGUCUGCGCCGACGCCACCGUGGCCAUCAAGCUCGUCGGCCGGGCGAAGAGCAAGAUCGUGGUUCACCAAAACAAUAAUCGAUACGAGUACCGCGGACGCUUCCACUUCUUCGGCGGGGCCGCUGCCGCCGACGUCGAGCGCACCAUCCACCGAGGCCCGAUUCACGUCCCCCCCGGCGGCGACGCCCUCGCCUGGCCCUUUUCCAUCAAGAUCCCGACGUCGCCGAUGAUGUCUCCCGUGUCCGGCUCGAUGCGCCGCUGCAGCCUUCUUCCCAUGACGGCCGAGGACCUGGCUCGACACAUGCUGCCGGGCACCUUUCGGUCCGAAGGCACCGGCUUCAGCAGGCGCUCCGAGUGCUACGUCGAGUACUACCUCGAGGCCAGCUUGCAUCGUGGCCACGGCCGCGGCCACGGUAGCUCGGCCGAGGUCAUGGCUACCUUGCCCGUCCUCAUGAGGCACCCGUCCACGGACCAGCCGGUGACGAAUCAUCGCCUGCUUCGAAAGAGCUGGCCGCGGACCGUCCAAUCCCACCGUCUGCUCCCUGGCCAAGAAUCUGGCCAGCUGAGCUUCAAGCAGAAGAGUCAAAAGUUCUUUGGCUCGUCGAAGGUGCCCAGACUUGACUUUGACUUGCAAGUGACGGUGCCGCAGAUCGUUCAGCUCGAUCACCCGGUCACCAUUCCCAUCCAGCUCCUUGCCAUUCCCAAAGCAGGCACCAGUGCCGGCAGCGUCGAGCUGAACCACGUCACCCACCAAGUAACCCUAUCCUCCAUCAAGCUUACUCUCCGCUCAACCACCACCGCGAUCGCGCCUGGUACCUGGCCAAGCAGAUCCCACAGGGACGAACGCAGCGUGAGUCGCGACCUCGGUUUGGAACGGGCAACACAGCGACCCGAGGAGCCGAUUGUGGUCCCGUUCGGGCCGGGAGACGGACCCAUCGACACCAUCUACCCUAGCUUUACCACAUACAACGUGAAACACACGAAUAGCUGGAAAUGGACUGUAGUCUAUUCGGUGGCGGGCGAGACGAUGAAGCUACUCUUCGACAUGCCCGUUACCAUCCUGCCCCCUCCAGAGAGCCGACUACGAUGGGCAGAACCACGACAGGUUGCCAUCGCGCCGCCGGAGGAACCUCCGCCUCCCUUCGAGCCUAGCCUUGCAGACGACAGCAAGGCGGCAGGCUUGAACAAGGACGCGAAGAAGCUGGAGACCGACGUUGGCAUGGAUGGCGAGUAG